AUGACGCAGGCGUUCCUUUCGUCACGUGCAUCUGGUUACCACACACGAAUUCGCCACGCGAAUGGGUCGCAGCCGUCGAAGUCAAGUCAGUGCCCACUCGGCACGUGGCAAGUGCACGCCGGACCCGGUCAUCCGCUCAGCCGAAAGUUGACGAGGCUAGACGACAGGCUCGGUUCCAGCCUCGGCAGCGGCGGCAUUUCUAGGCUCGGGACGCAGCAGCAAGGUUGGAGAAGGGGCUUCGGAGGAGAAGGCAUGGGAGGGGAGGGUGGAGCGGUUCGGGGGAGGCGGCGAACAAUCACAGCCAUUGGAUUCACUGCAGAUCCACGGCCCAGUGUCGAGAAAGCAGCAGCGCGGCUACUGAGGGACGCAGCCGCACUGCUGGUGUACCAGGAGGCCUUUAAAGGCGCGGCUCCUCAGGCGUUCCUGAGGCUGCUGCUGCAGCUGCGCCGCUCUGAUGACCCUCUGCGAGUGCUGGAGAGCUAUGGGGAGUUUUAUCGCCUCAUGGCCUUUGAGGAACAUUCCAGCUGGGAAGAUCUGCUACUGUAUCGCAUCCUGACUGUCGAAAACAACCCCUUCGCCGAGGCAGCAGCAGCAGCAACCGCAACCACAGCAACAACAGCAGCCGCAGCAGUCUCUGCCGGUGAUCCGACUAUUCUGGGCGGCAAACAGGGCAAGUUGCGGGCGGCAGCAGCUGUGGACCUGAGCUCGCUGCAGCGGCUGUGCGUCAACGAAACAACCCUUGCUUCCUGGGUGGCGGACAUUGUACCGGACAUGCCGGCCGAGUGGCGUGAGGCUGCUGCCGGCGCUGCGAAUGGGGUGGCUAAGGGGAGCCGGGACAGGAACGGAGCUGGCGAGGCCAGGGUGAUGGGCUUUGACCUGACUGCAGCAAGCAAGGAGGCAUUGACCCCUGCUGCCCCUGCUGCGUCCGCUGCAUCCUCCUCUUCCUCCAGUGAAGUGCUGGAGUGGAAGGGAGGUCGCUUCGUGGCAGCAGCACCGAACCUUUGGGGUGCCUCAGAAGUUCCCUCUUCUGUCCCCCUCCCCUUUCCCCUUUCCCUCUUCACUUUCCCCGUCACUUUUCCCCCUUCACUUUCUCCCCUUCAACUCGCAGUGCUGGAGUGGAAGGGAGGUCGCUUCGUGGCAGCAGCACCGGACCUAGUCACCCCACCGCCCUCACCGCUCUUCUCUAUCUACAACCACCACCGAGAGGCUCUGAGAGGAUUGGUGCACACACACGUGGACGGCCGACCCUCCCCCCAUGUGCUGCUGGUGCGUCCAUCCAUCCCUCCCUCCCUCCCUCCCUCCCUCCCUCCCUCCCUCCCUCCCUCCCUCCCUCCCUCCCUCCCUCCCUCCCACCCAAGCCUCUUACCAUUCAAGUCAUCCCACUGCCGUUGCCACACUUCUCCAUCUACAAUCCUUCCUCCCCCCCUUCUUUUGAGUCGACUCAAAAGUCAACUCAUCCCACCGCCCUCUCCACUUUUCUCCAUCUACAAACCUUCCUCCCCCCUUUUUCUUCCCCAUCCCUCCCCUCUUCCCAUCAACCCAUCUCCCGUCCAAUCAGCAUGGGCCACCUGGCACGGGCAAGUCAACCCUCCUGCGCUCCGUCCUCCUCCCCAUGGCCCUCCCCUCCUCCGCCCUCCUCUCCAUUCCCUCCUCCGACUCUCCCUUAACGUCCCCUCUCGCGGGCGAGUCAGGGGAAGGCAGCAGCAGGGGGAGGCGGGAGCUGAGGGUGGUGCUGCUGCAGAAGGGGGAAGUGAAGGGCAUAGCGGGGGUGCUGCAGGCGGCUGCAAAGAUGCCCUCCCUGCGUUUCUGCCUCCUGAUCGACAACCUGAACUUGCGGGGGUGCUGCAGGCGGCUGCCAAGAUGCCCUCCCUGCGCGUCUGCCUUGUCAUUGACAACCUGAACCUCCGGGCAGGAGAGGAGGCGCUCAUUGCUCUGCGCCAAGUCCUCCACUCUUCCUUUCCCUUUCCCAGCAACGUACAGCUACUCGCCACCUCGCUUUCUCCAGACCUCAUUCGCCCUCCUGCUGCUCCCUCCGCUCCUCCUCCUCCUCCUGGCGUCAAGCCAACUAAUGUCCGUGCUUCUGAGUCGUCAAACUUGUCAGAGGCAGGUCAAACGAGCAGCGUCAGCAGCAGCAGCACCGUUAGCAGCGAUGCAUUCUCGAAAGGCAAGGGCGAAAUCGGCAGUCACUUUGCCUUCACCUUGCACGUGGGCCGCUUGAACCCACAGCAGCUGCAGCAGUGCCUCUCUCAGCUCAUUCCCUCUGCACUGGCUCAGUCCGGCUCUGGUGCUAGCAGAUGGGGGGGGGCAGGAGAGGCAGAGGAUCUAAGUCUGAUCUCUGUGAUUCAAGCAGCACGGUACCACAUGCUAUAG